AAUUUAUACCCUUUCUUCCCAACCCCUUCCCGUUCUCUUUCGCCCUCGUUCAUCAAAUCGCACACCCAAUGAUGACGGAAACAACGCUUCAUCGCUUUUGACUUUCCCUCACCAACAGAAUCGAACCUCAUGACACCAACAAGGUUCCUCGAAGAGUCGCUCAAUUACAAAUUCACCCCGGGCAUCAUCACUCGUGCAUCCUCCGCCGGCGACGUCAACCUGUUCGAGGAGAGCUUCGGCAAUGCCACCGAGCCCUCCGCUGACGGCAAGGGUGCGGCGAACCCUCCAAAACAGGGCACUGAAGCAUCGCCACAACAACAGCUCACGCACAAUGUAUCGAGUACGACACAGGGUCCGAAUGCAGCACCGACGGCGAACGCCGGUCCUGCAUGGAGCGGUCUCGCACCUGAACAGCCCGUCAUGACCCCAUUCACGGCCUCGAUUCAAGCUCUGUUGCAGGACGUGGGCGAUGUCUCGAUGCCGUCUUUACCCGUUGUUUCGCAAAACUUGCAACCACCCCCACCACAACAUCACGAGGGCCCCGGAAGUCGUCGUGCAUCAUUCGGUGCUGUUCCCGUUUCGAGCGGCAUUGUAGAUAAUGGAGCACCGGUGCAGCAAUCCAGUGGACAACAUGCGUUUCAACUUCAUAUACCUGCCGACAGGAACCAACGAAGACGGUAUUCGGACGCACACCAACCUCAUUACGCCCAGCAAGGUGGUGCAGUACCGACGCAAGUCCCCAUUGACCCGUCAAAUGGAGCCAUCCCCGGCUACGGUAUGGACGGGUACCGCUACCCACAACAACCAUUACCACCUCAUCAGCAACAAUCACCUCCACAACCAUCACAACAACAAGCCCAGCAAUAUCUUCAACAGAUGUAUACCUCCAAUCCCACUCAACCGCACCCAUCACAUCCGCAACAGCAGCAACCCGCAUACUCCAUGGCCGUCGACAUGCACGGACAACCGAUCGCUAUGCCCAUCCCGAUGGGCAUGUCGGUACCGAUGGGCCCGCCCAUGCAACCUCACAUGCAGCAACCUCUCGCCAUCCCCGUCAUGGCGCCGCAGAUGCAAGACCCCAACGACAUGUCUUACCAGAUGCAGCAGCAACACCCGCAGCAGCCCAAUAUGGGAAUGCCGGCAUCACAGGAAGAAUUCUACCACCACCAGCAGCAAAUGCAGAUGAUGUCGCAGCCACCGCAGCAGCAGAUGCAGCAUUCGGGCGCGCCGACGGUUCACCCAUCACAACUGUACACCAGUCCCAAUUACCCCCAAGAUGGGCAAGGGUACCAUCAGCAGCCGCCACAGCAGAUGCAGGGACCUUCACCUCAGCAGCAGCAAUAUCAACCACCGAAACUGCAUCAACCGUCGAAAUCGCGUCGCACCAGCAUCAGCAAGUCCGCCGCAACAGCCGCCGAACCGCGCACGCAGUCGCCGCCGAAAGCAGUCAAACCCACGACCGGAAGCAAACAGACCGGAAAGAGUCGACGCGAUUCAGGCACGUCACAGCUGCAACCCGCGUCUGGGGCGUUGAGCGAGGAUACUUUGGUGGCGAAACCGGGUGCGGGAACACCUGCGUCUGGCCCGGCGAAAAAGAGGAAGCGAACGGCGUCUGGUGCCGUCGCUCCAAAUGCGGGCGAGAAAGACGGUAUUGCUGCAAGCAAGGUGGGAGGAGAAUCCCAGAAUGCGGAGGACGAUGCGAACGUCAGCAGUGGAAAAAAGAAAAAAGCUCCCACUUCGGUAGGCAAAAAGGUUGCUGGCAAAAAGGACGAUUCCUCAGCCGCAGCCGAAACGGCAAAAGUGGAGGCGGAGAAGAAUCCCACAGCCCCCAACAGCGUCGCGGGCGACGACAUGGGCGACUAUCACUCCUCCGACUCCGAAUCCGACGGCGAAGGGGGCAGCAAAUCCCCCACGAGCGGCAAACGCAAGCACCCGCCCACCGAAGCCGAGCGCGCCGCGAAACGCAAACGGUUCCUCGAACGCAACCGCGUCGCCGCGUCGAAAUGCCGCAUGAAGAAGAAGGAGUGGUUGAAGGAACUGGAGACGAAGAGCGCGACGCUGAGCAAGGAGAAUGAGCGGCUGGUUAGCUGCGUGAAGGAUCUGAAGGAGGAGGUGUUGCUGUUGAAGAGCCAGCUGCUGUUGCAUCGCGCGUGUGACUGUAAUGUCAUACAGCAGUACAUUCAGACCAGCUCGCAGGUAUGUUGAGGUUGGAUCAAAAAGUUGGAGGAGGUGAUUGGAGUUUGUGUUGGAAACUGGGAAUGAGAAGGAGGAGAGGUUUUGCAUCCUGG